GACUUGGGCAAAACUUCUUCUUCUUCUCCUCGUUCUUCUUCUUCAUAAGUGGCUGCAGCGGCUUCGAGCUGACGCACAGUUUCGGUACGGAAUGCCCUCCAGAAUGCUUUAAAAAAGAAAACAGGUGGGAGAAUGUCUGUGGAGGUGGACGCACUGCUGCAGGAGGCCAAGGAAAGCAUCGAGGCGGCCCAGAACUACCGCAGUGAACUCCAGCAGCGUCUGCAUGGCCUCAACCAGGCCCGCAAACAGGUUCGGGGAAGCUCAGGUCAGGCCCGCGAGGCCCUCCGGAGGCACUUUGCAGAGCUGCAGGUGGCGGCCACUCGGUUACUGACGGAGCGACUGGACGCCCUGCUGGCCGAGGUGGACUCUAUCGAGGCCGACAGCGUCAAACCGCUGGAUGACUGUCAGAGCCUCAUCGAGCACGGGGUGGGCCAGGCCGACGAGCUGCUGAGAGAGGGAGAAGCAGCUCUGCGCUGUGGUCUCGGGGAGAAGGAGGACAAACUGGGCAGCUUCACUAAGAAGGCCAUACACAUCCAACUGGACAGUUUACCGGAGGUACCAGCGUUGGUGGAUGUACCGUGUGUUUCAGCCCAGCUGGACGACUCUCUGCUGGUCCUGCUGAGAGACCGGGUCUCCCGCCACGGCUGCGUCUCCUCCCACCCACCGGUCCAGAUCGAUGAGCUGCAGGAGAGACCAGGAAGCAUCCUGGUCCGCUGGUGUAAGGUGGACGAGGAUUUCAUGGCAGCAGAUUAUUGGCUGCAGCACCGGCGUUCUGGCAGCGGGGGGAGCCAGUACGAGGACUCCUACAUCGGACGGGACUGCGAGUUCCUGGUUCUCCACGUGGAUCCUCACACAGAUUAUCUGUUCAGAGUCUGCGCCCGCGGAGAGGGUCGCACCGAGUGGAGCCCGUGGAGCGUCCCGCAGACGGGAUACACCACACUCGCGUCGCAUGAAUGGUGUUUGGGCACUGAGGGCUACGUCCUGAGCAGCAGAAGAAACAUCGCUCUGCGUAACGAGUCCUCUCAAACACGCUGCCAAGUCCUCUACUCGAACGCAGCCACGUACUUCUGUGGCCAGACGCUGACCUUCAAGAUCUCAGCAGCAGGUCAGGUGGAUCGGAGGGACAGUCUGGGCGUGUGUGUGGGCAACGAGAAGGGGGUGGAGUCUCUUCAAAGAGACCAGGCCGUCUGCAUCUCCACCAAAGGCGCCGUGUUCGUGAACGGCAAAGAGAUGACCAACCAGCUGCCCGCCAUCACCAUGGGCUCGGCCGUGACCUUUGACAUGGAGGUGGUGAGCCUGUUUCCUGCCGGCAACAGCGUGAGUGACGGCUGCAGCUUCAAACUGCGGGUGACCAUUGGCUCCGGGAACCGGGAGGUGGUGUUUGAUUGGCUGGUGGAGCAGGCGGUGGACGGCCUCUUCUUUGGCUGCUCCUUCGUCCACUCAGGCUGGAAGGUCCUCGUGUUCUAAGAGUCACUCCUUCAAUCAGCGGGCGUUUCGUUUUUCCCCCGGAGCGUCGUACACACAUGAGCUCCGCUCUCUACAGCUUUGUCAUAUUUCUAACGUUCCUCCUACGACGACUUCUUCGCCUUCUUCUUCUUCUUCUUCGUCUUCAGGACGAUUGCUGAGUCUGGAAAAGAAAAAAACAGAGUGAAAAUCCUUAAACAGAAGAACCAGAACC